AUGUUCUCUUCAUCCGUCACUCGGCUCUCCAAACACUUGUUGGCCACAACCAAAUUGUCAUCUACUACUGCUACUGCUAAUGCUAAUGCUACUGCUAUUGCCAAGGCAUCAGCUGCCACUUCCGAUGUGUGGACCAUCUCACGUCAAACCUUUGCGACCAAUCGCAAGACCAUUGAUGCCAAGAAUGUCAAGCGUCUCAAAAUCCAAGCCAAGAAAAAGAAGAAUCUUAGCAAGCCGGCCAAAUCAGUAGAAGAGCAGGACAAUGAUCAAUCCAAGACGGAGGACGCAAAUCAACCAUUCUUGCAACAACAAGAGUGGGUCAAAUUUCAGCAAAGCAUUUCCGUCGAUGGUUUCCAAACUGGUCAAGUCACUACGGCUACUGUCUUGAAAAAGGGAAGAGGUGGUAAGCAAGCUCGUCGUCGCAAGGAAAUGGAACUGGCGAAACUACAAGAAUCGCAAGAUGUUACCGUCAAUACGGACGAAAAGUUCCCGGCCAUUCGGUACUCCCAAGAAGAAACCGAACGACUUUUGGAACAAGCCUAUGCCGCCGUGCCAGAACGAGCCGGUAAGCGAGGGACUCGCAACUUGCAAAAGCAAGAAAAUCGAUGGCAGCUGGUACGAGAGAUUCGUUCCAAAUACAAGGCCCAAAUUGCAGCGGCCCACGAACGUCGGAUGGAAAAGCGUCACUGGAAGCGACAACAAGUGAUUGCCGCCAAGGAAGAAGCACCAAGUCUAAGAUCUCAAGAUGUCGAGUAUCAAGCUCAAGUCUUGCAACGAUGGGCCGAUACCAUGUAUGGAAGCAACAAUGAAGAAGAUACUGCUGCGACUGCGGCUGUGGAACAAGGAGAGAGUUUGGAAAAGGUUGCCAGUGCCAGUGAUUAG